AUGCCCAUCAAGUCCAAUUUCCCCGACCUCGACCUGAAGGUCACCGACAUUUUUUCCUUCCUCUUCAAUCGCAAAGACCGGCAGUUCCCCGAUGAUCAAAUCAUCUUCCAGGACGCCGACAACCUCGACCGCCAAUAUACCUAUACCCAACUCAGACAGUUGAGCAUUGACUUUGGCAAAGGUCUCAAAUCCAACCAUGGCUUCCGCAAAGGCGAUGUGCUGGGUCUGUUCGUGCCCAACGACAUUGAAGUCCCCCCGGUUGUGCUCGGCACCCUUUGGGCAGGUGGGGUCGUGUCCCCGGCCAAUCCAGGCUAUACCGUCGCCGAACUGGUGUAUCAACUCAAAGACUCGGGAGCACGUGUGCUGGUCACGCAUCUGAGCGUGCUGGACAACGCGCGUAAGGCAGCCGCCGAAGUAGGCAUUCCCGAAUCCGACAUUCUGCUCCUGGGCAAGGAUGGAGACCCGGGGCGCAAGUUCAAGCAUUGGUCAGCCGUCCGCAACUUGGAAGGUACUGUCCGUUGGAAAUCGCCCAAGAUCGAUCCGAAAACCGACCUGGCAUUUCUAGUCUACUCGUCCGGCACGACAGGCCGGCCGAAAGGUGUCAAGCUCACACACCACAACAUGACAUCCAACAUGGAGCAAAUCCAUGCUACCGAGGGCUGGCUGACGUGGAACGGAUCCAAGAGCGUGCCCGGCAUCCCGGAUGCCCCCAAGGGCAAAGGUGACAAGGUCCUGGCGUCUCUGCCGUUCUUCCACAUCUAUGGGCUCAACCUACUCGUACUCUCGCCCAUCUUUUCGGGCGUGCACCACUUGGUUCUUGCGCGGUUCGAGCUGGAGAAAUGGUGCCGGCUGGUACAAGACCAACAAGUUACCUUCAGCUACAUCGUACCACCCAUCGUGCUGCUCCUGUGCAAGGCGCCCGUGGUGGGCAAGUACGACUUGAGCUCGCUGCGCAUGACCAAUUCCGGCGCGGCCCCGCUGACCCGGGACCUCGUGGAGACGCUGUAUAAACGCAAAGGCGUGCGGGUCAAGCAAGGGUACGGGCUCAGCGAGACGAGUCCGACCAUCUUCAUACAGCGGUGGGAAGACUGGCUAGACUCGGUCGGCUCAACGGGAUGGAUGGUGCCCAACCUCGAGGCCAAGUUCUGCGCCGUGCCCGGGCCAGGCCAGGAGAGCGACGGCAACAAAGAAGUGCCCCGCGGCCAGGUGGGCGAGCUGUACGUGCGCGGACCGAACGUGUUUGUCGGGUACCAUAACAAUCAGGCUGCCACGGUCGAGUGUCUGGACCAGGACGGCUGGUUCCGUACCGGCGACGUCGGCUUCAUGGACGAUAAGGGCAACUUGACCAUCACGGACCGCGUCAAGGAGCUUAUCAAAUACAAAGGCUUCCAGGUGCCGCCGGCCGAGCUGGAGGGAUACCUGGCCAACCAUGAGCUGGUGGACGAUGUUGCUGUGGUGGGCGUCGACAGCGCCGAGCUGGGCACCGAAGUGCCUCGCGCCUACGUGGUGCGCAAGGGCGGGCUCCAGGCGGUCAAGCCCAAGGACGCCCAGGAGAUCAUCACCUGGCUGAAUGGCAAGGUGGCCAACCAUAAAAAACUGCGAGGCGGACUCAAGUUCGUCGAUGCUGUCCCUAAGAGUGUCAGCGGGAAGAUCUUGAGGAGGGUGCUGAAAGAGUCGGCCCAGAAGGAGUUUAAGGCGGAAGAGCAGGCCAAGUUGAAGGCCAAGUUGUAA